AUGACUGAUAUCCCGACUUUUCGCAAUCUCUCGCUCGAGAGACAUGGCAAUGUUUUUGUCUUGACGAUGCAGAAACCGCCAGAGAACCGACUGAAUUCUUGGUAUUGUCAGGAGUUGAUACGCGCUUAUCGCACGGUGGAGAGACUGUUGGGUCCCGACUCCGAAGGCGCUGUUAUCACCCGAGGCAGUGAUGCGAAGUUCUGGUGCACAGGCCUCGAGCUGGAUGAAGCGGACACAAAUCCAUUCGCUAACACGGAUGGCUUUUACCCGCUUGUCCAUACCAUCCUUGACUUCCCAUUCCCAACCAUCGCGUUACUCACCGGCCACACAUUUGGCGGUGCCUGUCCUCUUGCUUUGGCCCACGACUAUCGUGUCAUGAAUUCAAGCCGAGGAUUCUUUUCUAUGCCUCCCGUGAACCUCGGUUUGCAUUUUGAUGGAAUUGGCUCCCUCCCGAGACUUAAAUUGCGUCCUCAAAUCGCACGCAAAAUGCUACUCGAGGCACAUAAGUGGACCGGCAAGGAGGCGUUCGAAGAUGGCAUUGUUGAUGCCAUUGCCGAACCGGAGUCAAUGCUUGAUGUUGCACUUGAGCUCGGGAAUAAGGUUGCGCCUAAGGCGAAGAUGGGGGUUUAUGCGCUGCUGCGACAGGAGCUGUGGGGUGAUGCGAUCAAGAAGUUCCAAAGAAUUAGCUAUGUCCAUAGCCGGAUGACUACUGCCCCUGCAAAGGCUAAGAUAUGA